GCGGGAUAUCACUCCAAAAGUCGCUGGAAAAUAAGUGGGUCAGCCCUGUAGUACGUAUAAGCGGGUCAAACGCGUAAGUGGGCCAGCUAUGUACUGACCCACUUACGCGGUCCGGACUGUACGAAAGUCCUAAUAUCACUGAGACACUCGAGUGAUGGACAAACAGACCUGACCGAAACCAACCCAGCGACUAUCGUUGACUAUCUCCAUGGCAAAAGCACCGAAUCUCCUGUUGCCGACAGGAAACAGUUCCUCAAGGCCGAAUCCUGGAUCGCCGAGAGUCGUCAUUUCCAUUCCUACUAUCGCGCUUUGCAGACCCCUCAGCUGCUGCAAUAUUGCAAGCGCACCUUGCACCUGCUCGGCCGCAUUUGUCAGACCAUCAGGCACUGCAGACAUACAGGGAAAGACGGACCAUACCACCGAUUGAAGAGACGGCACGAAGCUUGUUGCGUACAUGUCACGGCGAGCUGCAGCGUCGUGAUGGCAGGGAGGCUGGCGACUGCCGUGGCCAGCUGCUGGACAUCCAACUGACCGAUGCACAUCCCCUCCACCUCCCGCUGCGUGCCGAGUGCCGUCAGCACGUCCAGCUUCUUUUGCAGGGGCAAAGAAUCGAUGUACACAUGAAGGGCCAUAUCCAUGGGCAU